UGUGUUGUCAUUUUGGAAUCUCAUCCACCUCUGACCUCUCCCUCUUCGCUCUCGUUUCUCUCAAAGAAGAAGAAGUUCAACGGUGGGAAUUUGGUUCUCGUAUCGAACUCACCACUUCUUCUUCUUUUUCCCUUUUCAUUCUUCAUUUUUUUUUUUUUUAUUAUUAUUCAUAAACAGCUAACUUCAAUGGCGCCUCAACUAACAUCAAUAAUCUCUCUUUUAUUACCUGUUUUCAUUUCUCAAUUAUUGAUUAAUGGGGUUAUGUCCACAACCUUCAUCAUGAUUAAUAAAUGUGACUACACAGUAUGGCCAGGCAUUCUUUCAAACGCAGACGCACCAGCACUCUCCACCACCGGUUUCGCCCUCCAAAAGGGUGAGUCCAAAACUAUAACCGCGCCGACUUCAUGGGGCGGCCGCAUGUGGGGUCGAACUCUUUGCUCCGAAGACUCCACUGGUAAAUUCUCAUGCGUUACAGGUGAUUGCGGCUCUAACAAGGUUGAAUGCUCCGGAAGUGGCGCUGCUCCACCUGCCACGCUAGCUGAAUUCAAGCUUGAUGGUUAUGGCGGUCUUGAUUACUACGAUGUUAGUUUGGUCGAUGGCUACAACCUUCCAAUGCUCGUCGUUCCUCAGGGAGGUAGUGGUCAGAAUUGUUCAACCACGGGAUGUGUGGUGGACUUGAACGGCGCGUGCCCGUCAGAGCUUAAAGUUAUGAGUGAGGAUGGAAAAGACGGCGUAGCUUGUAAGAGCGCGUGUGAAGCAUUUCAACAGCCACAAUACUGUUGCAAUGGUGCGUAUAGUACGCCGGACACUUGCAAGCCAUCUUCUUACUCUCAGAUCUUCAAGAACGCGUGCCCACAUGCAUACAGCUAUGCCUACGACGACAAAACCAGCACCUUUACAUGCGCAUCUGGACCCGACUACACUAUUACCUUCUGUCCCACACCUAACACCAGCCAGAAAUCCUCUGAGGGUGGUAAAAACACUGACACUAGUACUACGACAAACAACUCAGCACUCGUCAACAGCACAAUGGUGUACGAAGGUGCUUUGGAUCAAAGCGACGCAUCUCCCUCCACGUGUAGACACGUGUUGGGAUCACAUGGCAUUUCGGUCAUUAUAAGCAUCACUGUGGCAACUCUACUAACGCUCACUUUUUAAUUGAAUAGGGUCAGGGUAUGUAUACAAACAAAAACUUUGGCCCAAAACAGAGGCAAGGCCCAUGUCAGCAAAGGUAUUGGGUCCCCGUGGUGACGCGGAAAUGACACAUGAUGGAAAAAGCUUAGCCGGUGAUUGAAGCCUACUACAACUACUUGACAUUUGUAUGUUGACAAUGCAGGAAUUAGGGUAGGCUGUCAGUAGUUUUAGAAAAUAGGAUUA